GGCAGUGGCUCACCGUGUGUCGCUGAACAGAGGAACUUCUGCCCAGAGAGCUGCUGUUUGAGGCUGUUUCCUGCCUACUAAUGGCUAAUGAGCGGCUCAGAGUUCUGGAGGACGUAGAGAAGGAGAUAGCGUCGGUCCUGCAGUGUGCCGGUAAUAUUGUCCUGGAACUCUCCAAAGACAAAACCAAUGCCAGCUUCCUCGACAGACAGCUGAUUCAGUUCCAGACCUCAGUCAACCGAGUGGAGAGUGAACUGACUUCCCAGAUUCGCUACCUCACACAGGUAGCUACUGGUCAGCCUCAUGAAGGUUCCACUUAUUCAGCCAGGAAGGACUGUCAGAUGGCACUAAACAGAGCCGAGUAUGCCAAGGUCAAACUUGGAGAACUGGGACGAACCUGUGAAGUCAUGUUGGAGCAGCAGCAGCAACAGCAACAACAGCAACAGCAACAGCAGCAGCAGCAACAACAACAGCAGCAGCAGCAGACAUGAAAGCAAAGAGGGCAGCUGGCCGGCUGCUGGGAUUGUAGCAGUGCUUCAUUCUGAUACAUGAUGGGACUGUACUUGGCCUUAUUCUCCAAUUCUACUACCAGUGUUCAAAUCUUUUCACAGAUGCUUUUUACUGUAAUUCCUAUACAGAGCUGUCCCAACAGACAUAUGGAGUGAUGAAAAGAAGGAAAAUGUUUUUGUUUUGUAAUGCAACAAUUCUGUUUUUGUAAAUGAUAGGUGUUGCAUUUCUGGUAAUAUUUUGUUGUUUGGUGGUCCAUGGUAAUUGGUGCAAAUCGCAGGACAUAGUGUACAAACUGUUAAGAUUUUUUUAAUACAACAACAACAACAACCAGAAAACGUGCUGGAAAUUGUUUGAUUAGGAAUUUACAAAAUACUCUCCCUGAAUUGUCAUGCUGCACAUGCAUCAUACAGAGAGAAAUCCAACAGAAGAAAGGUAUUUUUCCACCAACAGAAGUUGUAUAGAAUCUUAUCAUCAGAAAUAGAGUGAUGAAAGUAAAGAGAUGAGUGCACACAACUCUGUCUUGAGCACAGAUAUCUUCAUUUGGGUUGUAUUUACUCUUAACUCAGCAUUUCAGCAACAUCUAUUGUAUAUCUUUCACCCUGUCUAUUGGGCAAAUGGAAAUACAGGCGGAGAUCAGUGGACAGUAACCGCAUAUCACAGUUCUGGAUGGCCUUUUCUGUCACAGAUCAGCUCCUAACAUCUGAAAUUUUAAUGAUGUAUAAGACAGGAGAAAAAAAAAACAUGAUUACUUUAAUCAGAAGUAGCCUCACCAUCAGUCUGAUUUGUCAUUUUGUUUCACCUUAUUUAUUUCUUCAUUUAUUCCCCUAUCUGAAUCACAGUUUUAGUAUAUGUACAUAAAUGACACCAUUAUUU